AUGGCAGCGGGCCAGCCUAGCCACACCAACGUGGCGGCGCUGCAGUGCACCAUCUGCCUGGAUGAGGGCCUGGUUGAGGUCGGGGAACUAGACUCAUGCGACCACAGGUUCUGCCCACCCUGCAUCACGCGGUGGGCGGAAACGGACACGCACUGCCCCGCCUGCCGCGUGCGCUUCCGCGUCAUCACGCGCAAGCAGCUGCGGCUGCAUGGCGAGUGCCCAUCCCAGGGCAAGCUGCCCGGGGAGGUGCUGUCUGUGGUCCACGUGGAGGAGCGCAACCAGGUGGUUGGGCUGUCGUAUCCCCAGGACGCGUCCCUGCUGGCCUUUCUGGCCACGGUACACUGCCAGCUGUGCGGUGCUGACGACAACGACGAGCAGCUGCUGCUCUGCGAUGGGUGUGAUCGCGGCUACCACACCUUUUGCCUCGGGCUCCACGAGAUACCCACCGGCGAGUGGUUCUGCACAGAGUGCACCCGCGCCCGCGCUCGCGCCCGCGGUCGCGACGUCCGCGCUGUCGCCAGCAGGCGGCAGGGGGGGCAGCAGCCGCACCAGCGGCGCGUGCGCAGGCGCCGGGUGAUUCCCUCCGAGUCGGCGUCGGAAGAUUUUGACGUGGUGGUCGUGAGCAGCGGCGAGGAGGGCCGUGCUGCGCGCCCUGCUGGGCGGCGGCGGGCUGUGCGAUCGCGGCGCGCUGCUUCUAACGACGACGGUGACUAUGUCGGCACUCAAGAGGACGAGGGCGAAGACGUGCGCAGCGACGACGAUGAGGAGGACCGGGAGGCCGAGAGUGGGUCCAGCAGCGCCAGCGGCAGCGAGGUCGACAUCACCUCCUCCGACGAUGCCGAGGAUGAGGAGGCAGCAGGCGGCAGUGAUGAGCUCAGGGCGGCCAAGGAGGCGGCAGUUGUGGUGGCCAAACGCCAGCUGCGCCUUGCACAGCAAGCGCGAGCGGUGGCAGGUGGCGCGGCUGCACUGGCUGUGGCAGUGGACAGGGACGCGGUGCGAUCGGUGACUCAUGCCGUCUAUGAGCGCGUCAAGGCGGGCGCCAUGCCGCUCGCGGCCGUAAUGGAGGCUGCCGCAAGCGGUAGCGCUGAGGGCCUGGCCGCGCAGGCGGUUGCUGCUGCUCGUGCAGAGGCGGAGCGACUGCUGGCGGGUAGUGGGGAGUCACUGGAGGAGGACUACAACUGCCCCGUGUUCAUCGACCGCGACGGCAACAUGGUUGAGAUCAUGUGCUGUGACUAUGGAUUCAGGAGCGGAGCGCAGCGGGUGUACAGCGACAUAGGGGCGCGAAUCCCCGCCCCUACGUGGCGGCUGGCACUCAACAACCUGGCCCAAGAGUGGCGCGCCCUGAGGCGUUCCUUCCGCUACAAUGAUUACGGCAAGAUCAGCGCCAAGAACCCCGCACAGGGGCCCGUUAGCAAGGUCUUUUAUGGCCUGGGCUCUGGUGUGGUGAGCGCCUUCAGCGCCAUCGAUGCCUGGCUGGAGGACAGCAGGGUGUUCAGCCGGCUGCUGCCAGAGGAGAUCCCCAAGGAGGUGUUUGACCCGCUCUCUGGCGGCCUCAGUGCGCAGUGCCGCGAGGUGCGGGCCAAGCUGCAGCAGCUCACCCUUAGCAACGCCAAGGUGUGGGAACGGGAGCACAAGCGCGAGGCGGAGGGUGGCGGCAUUGAGACACCCUGGGUCGUAAAGGCUGUCUACCUGGCACUGUGUGUGUUCCUGGACGUGGCCUACGACAAGCGCCCCAUACAGCGCUUCUGGUUCUUGGAGACAGUGGCUCGCAUGCCUUACUUCUCCUACCUCACGAUGCUGCACCUCCUGGAGACACUGGGCUGGUGGCGCGCCGGCGCUGAGCUGCGCAAGGUGCACUUUGCUGAGGAGUGGAACGAGCUGCACCACCUGCAGAUCAUGGAGGCCCUGGGGGGCGACCAGCUCUGGAUAGACAGGUUCAUGGCACAGCUGGCCUACAACUUCAGUGAGCUGAUCGAGGCACACGCCGUGGACACCUACAGUGAGUUUGCUGACGCCAACGAGGAGCUGCUCAAGAGCCUGCCGCCGCCACUGGUCGCAGCAGAGUACUACACCGGCCCGGACCUGUACCUGUUUGACAGCUUCCAGACCAGCCAGGCCACCGUGGAGCAGCCGCGCCGCCCCAGCGUCAACACCCUCCACGACGUGUUCCUGAACAUUGCGGCUGAUGAGGGCGAGCACGUCAAGACCAUGCGCGCCUGCCAGGACUACUCAGUGGCGGGCGACCUCGAGGCCCUCAAGGAGAAGCAGGCCGAGGAGGCCAUGGCGGGGUGGGACGCGCCGGACGUGGUCGACGACAACGCACCUGUCAAGGGUGCCAGCGGCAGGGCGCCCACCACCCAGCGCUGA